AUGUUUGGGCAAAAUUAUCAUACUGUAAAUACAUGGGUGUUUGAGGUUUCAAAAUGCUUGGAAAAUCGCAACGGUACGGAGCUGGCGUUACUUCUAUCCUCAAAAUGUGAUAAAUUGUCUCAAAAUAAUUUGUUUGGGCUUAACGAAGAGAACUUCCAGCCUCUGUGCAACCAGGCAUACAAUAAGUUCGAUAAGCUUAUUGCACCUGGAAUCUGUCAAUUUUUCUCAGAUUUCUUAAAGCUGAGAAUAGCUAUCGCAAAUAAUAAGAUGACGUGGGAUGAGAUUCUAAAGAAGAGUUUCAAGUUGCUGGAUCUAUGGCUCGAUAUAUACUUGGAUGAGAAUAUCGUUGAACACCACUGGCUAGUUCCGGGAUUAUACUCACUAUGUAACUUUACAAGCAUUAUAGGCGCAUAUGCCGAUAGAUCAAACGCAUCUGGGAUUGAUAUGCGAGACCUUGACGCAGAGGACGACAAGGAUAAAUAUAUGAAACAAGUCUUAAACAAUGUUAGGAGUAAAAUGGGCAGAGUUAGAGGAGAUGAGUCAAGACAUUCAGGUAUGAAAUAUUAUAACCUUGGAAAUAUGCAAAUGGCGGCUGGUUUCCUAAAAGCUAUUGAAUCAACAAAUAUUAAUUACUCAAAGGCUCUAAGGGGUCCACUUAUUAACUAUCGGUACUACCUCGGAAAAUUACAUAUGCAAAAGGAAGAGUACUUGGAGAGUCUGAGGAACACCUUUCAUGGGCAUUUUCAAAUUGCCUAA